AUGUAUCCCUCGUUUGUGGCCAACAGUUCAGCGAUCUCUACGAACACAACACUUCACACAGACAUCGAUGACUACACGGACAACAAACUGAAGCCUAACUAUGGCAUCAAAUUAGUCGACCUGUCCGUCCGCAACAACUCAGUCCCCAACUCAGUCACUGAGGACGCAAAUGCACCGUUACUGGAGGGCACCGACACCUCGGCUAAUCCCGACACCGGGGGACAGCCGCCCGAACAAUACUACGGCAUACCUGUGCAAGCAUUUGAUAGGUCAUGGGAGGCCAGGUAUACGGGCGAGGGUCGCAAAAGUGUGAAAAUGACAUUUCAGGGCCGGGUGUAUAACUUUCUAGAGAGACCCACCGGUUGGCGGUGUUUUGUUUAUCACUUCUCAGUAUUUCUAGUCGUAUUGGUUUGUCUCAUAUUCAGUGUCUUAUCAACUAUUGAACAGUACUCCAACUUCGCGAUGGGAACUCUAUUCUGGAUGGAAGCCGUUUUGGUCAUAUUCUUUGGCAUAGAGUAUGGGGUGAGACUGUGGGCCGCCGGCUGUCGAUCAAAGUAUAUGGGAUUCUGGGGUCGACUCCGGUUUGCACGGAAACCCAUUUCAGUCAUUGACCUUAUAGUAGUUGUGGCCUCUAUUGUGGUGAUAGCUGUCGGCUCUAAUGGACAGGUAUUCGCCACGUCUGCCAUCAGAGGAAUCCGAUUCUUGCAAAUUCUGCGAAUGCUUCACGUGGACAGGCAGGGCGGCACCUGGAGAUUACUGGGCUCCGUAGUGUUUGUGCACAGACAGGAGUUGAUUACAACACUAUAUAUAGGCUUUUUGGGGCUUAUAUUCUCCUCGUAUUUCAUGUAUUUGGCCGAAAAGGAUGAGGUUGUGAUUCAGUCCGAUGGCAGACCCGGUAAAGCCAAGUCUGACUUCCAGAGCUAUGCCGAUGCCUUGUGGUGGGGAGUCAUUACGGUAACAACCAUUGGAUAUGGGGAUACAGUACCCAAAUCCUGGAUGGGAAAAAUCGUGGCCUCAUGUUUCUCAGUGUUUGCCAUCUCAUUCUUUGCACUGCCAGCUGGAAUUCUUGGCUCAGGAUUCGCUUUAAAAGUGCAACAAAAACAGCGACAAAAGCAUUUUAAUAGACAAAUACCUGCCGCCGCCACUCUCAUACAGUGCAUGUGGAGGUGUCACUCAGCCGAACCCCACUUCAACUCAAUGGCCACGUGGAAGAUACACACCGUGGAGGGCUUACGAACGUCGAGCACCUGUAUGUCGAGCACACCACUCAGCAAAGUGGCCAAAAAAGCCAGUGUCUUAAGGCGCAAGAAAUCCAAAUCUAAGUUUGAAAACCUGCCGACCCUUCCCAACCCAUACACCAUCGGUGGUGUGAAUCCCUUAUACACGGUGUCCGCACCGCAAACCGACAAAACGGGUGGUGAGGCUCAGGAUAAGGUGCCGUCGAUGGAAGUUCCCGUAUAUCUCGAGGAACCCAAAGCCAGCAGUGCCAAUAGAGUGAGGAAAGACAGUCGAUUCAUACCGACCCCCGGCUCUAAUAAUAAUAACAAUAACCACAAUAUCGUCGCCUCCUUUUGCACAGACAUCGCAUCCGAUGAUAUCGAUAACGAUAACGACGAGGCGCCCAGAAGUAUAGCCACUGUCCAGAAGUUAGUCUCGAUUUUAUUUUAUUGA